AUGAGCUGGCUCUCCAAUUCCCAGGCGGUUGUGCUCACUGCCUACCACCCCAGCGGCAACGACCAGGCCCUGGGGGGGAGCCAUGGCAAGGGCGGGGAGGAAGCCGCCUCGAGUAGAAGAUAUGGCCAGUAUACUAUGAACCAGGAAGUCACCAAAGUCACAGAAAGACCUCCAUUUGAUCGAUCAGGUUCCCAGGAUUCCUUGGAUGAACUCUGUAUGGAAGCUUAUUGGACUGAAAUAGAAAAUAUCAAGAAAUCUCAUGAGAACAGACAAGAUGAUCAAGAGGUGGUGGUUGUCAAAGAGCCUGAUGAGGGAGAGUUGGAAGAAGAGUGGCUUAAGGAGGCCGGUUUAUCCAAUCUCUUUGGAGAGGCUGCUGGAGAUCCCCAAGAGAGCAUGGUGUUUUUAUCAACGCUGACCCGGACGCAGGCGGCAGCUGUUCAGAAACGAGUAGAGACAGUCUCCCAGACCUUAAGGAAGAAAAACAAACAGUACCAGGUCCCUGAUGUCAGAGACAUAUUUGCUCAACAGACAGGGUCAAAAGAAAAGGAGGCUCCAGAUGGCACAGAAUCACAAUCAGUCGGAACAGAUGAAAACAAAUACCGAAGAAAAGAUGACCAGGCAUCUCACUUAGGUGUUGGUGGAAAGGACCUAACCCCACUGGUGCCCGAAGAGGCACCUGCCUCUGAAACAGACAUCAACCUGGAGGUAUCAUUUGCAGAACAAGCUGUCAGUCAGAAAGAGAGCUCCAGAGAGAAGAUCCAGAGGAGCAAGAGUGACGAUGCCAUGUUACUGACUUACAGAGUGCCAAAGGACAAAACAGGCACCACCAGGAUUGGUGACCUGGCGCCCCAGGACAUGAAGAAAGUUUGCCAUUUAGCCCUAAUUGAGCUGACUGCCCUCUAUGAUGUCUUGGGUAUUGAACUGAAACAACAGAAAGCUGUGAAAAUCAAAACAAAAGAUUCUGGCCUUUUUUGUGUCCCAUUGACAGUAUUGUUAGAACAAGAUCAGAAGAAAGUACCAGGAACUCGAAUACCCUUGAUAUUUCAAAAACUGAUUUCUCGCAUUGAAGAGGGAGGUUUGGAAACUGAAGGUCUCUUAAGAAUCCCUGGAGCUGCUGUUCGAAUCAAGAAUCUUUGCCAAGAACUAGAAGCUAAGUUCUAUGAAGGGACUUUUAAUUGGGAAAGUGUCAAACAGCAUGAUGCCGCCAGCCUGCUGAAGCUCUUUAUCCGGGAGCUGCCCCAGCCGCUGCUCAGUGUAGAAUAUCUCAAAGCUUUCCAGGCUGUCCAGAAUCUUCCAACCAGGACGCAACAACUACAGGCUUUGAACCUUCUUGUCAUCCUCCUGCCCCAUGCAAACAGAGACACACUCAAGGCCCUGCUUGAAUUUCUCCAAAGAGUCGUAGACAAUAAAGAGAAAAAUAAGAUGACAGUCGUGAACGUAGCAAUGGUCAUGGCCCCAAAUCUCUUCAUGUAUCACACAUUGGGUUUGAAGUCCGGCGAACAGAGAGAAUUUGUAAUGGCAGCCGGGAUAGCUAAUAUCAUGCACUUACUGAUUAAGUAUCAAAAACUCCUGUGGACAAUUCCCAAGUUUAUUGUCAACCAAGUGAGGAAGCAAAACACGGAAAAUCAUAGAAAAGAUAAAAAAGCCAUGAAGAAAUUGCUGAAGAAAAUGGCUUAUGAUCGAGAAAAAUAUGAAAAACAAGAUAAGAGUGCAAAUGAUGCUGACGUUCCUCAGGGAGUGAUUCGAGUACAAGCUCCCCAUCUCUCGAAAGUUUCCAUGGCAAUACAGCUAACUGAAGAACUCAAAGCCAGUGAUGUGCUUGCCAGGUUUCUCAGCCAAGAAAGUGGAGUUGCCCAGACUCUCAAGAAUGGGGAAGUUUUUUUGUAUGAAAUUGGAGGAAAUAUUGGGGAACGCUGCCUCGAUGACGACACUUACAUGAAGGACUUAUAUCAACUCAACCCCAGUGCUGAGUGGGUUAUAAAGUCAAAGCCGUCAUAG